AUGUCUAAUAAGGUUGGAAUUAUUUGCGAAGGGAGGCAGCGAAAUGUGCACUGCCAUAAACCAGUGGUCUACCUUUAUACCCCAGUAUUUCCGGUCCUAUGUGCCGGCUUGGGGAUCCUGGCGUUCGUUUCGGGGUAAGUGAUGGCUGUAUCUUUGCCCGUUAUUACAAGGGAAGUAGUCCAAGUCCCGUCGCCCAGAUUUUCUUUGAAUUUUGCACAUAUUUCGGGCAUAGGCCACGUAUCAAUUAGUGAAAAAUUUAGCUCGCGCUUUGCAGGCGCAGCCGAGAUAUUCAACGAUCUUUGCGGCCGAGAGAGUACGGAAAACGCGGAGAGCGGUCAGAGAGAAAAACACUUUUGGCCGUAUCACUGUUAGUUUCGUCUCGAAGAAAAUUGAUUUUUUUGUGCAAAUAUUACACUCUGAGGUGGAAAUAGUCAUCACUUUUCAUCCCUAAUAUCUCAAAAAACAAAUUUUUUACCAAGUUUUGACCUUAAAAUGUCAGUCGUUUCUGCAAAGCGCGGGCUAAUAGUAAAAGCCUGUUUUUUCAGCUAUGUAAUUGCUGUCCUCAAUGACCACGAGGAAGCAUGGUUUUCGAUGAUCAGUGAUGGAGGAACGUUACCGCCGGAGAGCUGCAUUUUCGGGCUUCUCCUCAGUUUCUCCAACUUUUUCUGUAAGUGUAGCCCACCUACAGCGGCGGACUUGAUCCAGUGGCAAAAAACGUGCUGUUUUGCAUCCGGGAAGUAUCAAAAAAAUGCGGCAAAAUACCUCCAUCUCCAAGUUUAAAAACUUCGAUUUCUUAACACGCCCUUCAAAAAACAGUUUUUUUUUGAGUUGAAGAGGGAGGCAUUUUGCCACAUUUUUUGAUACUUCCCUGAUGCAAAAUGGUACAUGUUUUGCCACUGGAUCAGGUCCAUCACUGUAGUCGUCCCGAAACCAAAUUUUUAUCCCCAUUACCAACCCCGUUUCCAGGGUAUCUGACCUGUUUCGCGCGGCAUUGCCAGCUCAUUCAGUACGUGCACUAUCAUCGCGGUCCUGAGACGAAGUUCCGCGGCGUCAUCUGGUUCAUGCUGAUCACAGGGCUUGCGUCGGGCACAGGGACCGCGAUUGUCGCCUGCUUCCAAGAAGGCGGUACGCCAACCGCCCACGGCCUCGGCGCGUUGCUCUCGUUCUUCGCUGGCAUGAUCUAUAUCUGGUGUUAUGUGGCCAUAUCCGUGGUGAUUCGUCCGUCGUUCGCGCCGAAGUGGCUGACGAUCGCGAGGAUUGUUGUGACGACGGCCGUGACUUCAGCGCUAAUUAUGCGUAAGCAUCGGGGCCAAGUUGCGGAUAUAAAAGGGGCUACGACUUUUCGGGUCAACGACAGUUCGGGUCGAUGAAACUUUGGGUUGCAUUCGUCGGUGCGUGCUAUUUUUUGUGCAAACGCGCCAAGAAAUGGACAGAUAUAGGUUUAGGACUGCGCACUAGGUUAAUUAUACCGUGAAAAUAGGACUAAUUUUAAGGAAUAGCAGCUUGACCGAAGGGCCAAGUACGUGAAGCAAGUCGAACGGGGGAGCCUGCUCUUGGUAAAAAUUCCCUUUUUGGACAAAUUCCAUCUUCAUUCAGAAAUUAUACCUUGAACAUUGGCGAAUUAGAAAAAGCGGACAUAUUGCAAGCCUUCGACAAGUCUCCGCCGACAAUCCAACGGCUUUUGCCUAUAAGUCUUCGCCGAGCGUCCGCGGAACAUCUAACGGCUUUGCCGGGACUCGUAGGUACCUCCGACGACAUUUUCGCGGGCGUCUGUCUGUCCUACCCCUCGGAUCGAUUGAUUUUGUCUUGACCCGAGCUGUCGUCGGCCCGAAAAAUCGGGGCGCGAUGUAUUUCGACAGUGCUUCAGAUCAAAUUUGCAUGUUCAUCGAACCAUUUGUCGAGAAGUUGCCCGACGGCUCCAAACCGCCACAUCCGGAGGCCAUGGACGGGGGUAUUUACAGGAUGAAGCCGGGAGAGCCCGUAAGUGCGCUAUAAAUAUGAUAUUUGUCUGUCGGGAAAAUUAUGAGCGCAAUGUGGCUGGCGGCCCUCGUCGAAUUGAAAAGAAAUUUGAUUUUUUCGGUUUGUUUUCUCGGCGGCGAUACUACUCUCGAUGCAACGAGAGUAGUAUCGUCGAGAAUGCUCAUCAUUUUCCCGACAGACUGAUAACUCCUUCUAGUACUACCUGAACCAUCUGAUCGCCUGCAUUUCCGAAUGGAUUCUCGGAAUCGGCUUUUUCGUUAUCAUUGGAUCGCUUUGCUACGAGCUGAACACAUUCGAACUCAACACGUUGACAAAAGAGGACGAGAAAUAUUUGUUUGAAGAGAAUAGAACUCCAGUUUUGGUAUCACACAACCUAAAACAUUAG